UGCUAGUCCAUUUGCUGGAAGGAACAUACGAAGCAAGCUCAUUGCUUGCUAGUUAAGCAGUCUAAGCAUUGCCUAAACUAUGUCAGAUUUAAAAGUGAGAAAAAGUGUGUGUGUGUGAGAGAGAGAGAGAGAGCGAAAGAGAAAGAGCAAAGCACAAAGAGUGAGUGAUUCCAAUUGACUGAAGACUGUAUUAACACAUAUCCAAGUGCUGUAAGCUCUUAUUGUGACAAGGAGUUUCAAAAUGAAUCUCUGGAAAGGUAGUUAAUGUUUUCUACUAAGACCACACUGUUAAGAGCCACACCUCAAACAUCAGAAGAUAUUUAAUUUGUUCAAUCCCUGCAGCGUGUACCAUGUUGUAGCAGCAGCGCCAUUAACAUUGGCUUGUUUUGUUUUUCUUUUAAUCAUGCUACAGGGAAGAAUUUUUUAAAAAGCUCUUCCUCUCUCCUUCAACCCCACAAACACAUUCUCAAAAAAAGAAAUGAAAAAAGAAGUUAAUGAAUGUAGUUUUCUGUCAUGUCUUCGAUGAAAAUAAAUCAUCUGGAUAACAUGGUAUGCUUGAGAGAAUGCAGAUGGAUCCACAUGUUUCCAUUCCUUAUGGUGUCGCUUGUGUAUUCUGCUAAUGCUGAAUAUUCUAACUGUGGUGAAAAUGAGUACUACAACCAGACAACUGGGAUGUGCCAUGAGUGUCCACAGUGUGACCCAGGAGAAGAACCUUACAUGACAGUGGACGGGACUAGAGAUGAAGACUACGGCUGUGUCCCUUGCCCAUCGGAAAAAUCUAAAGGUGGUUAUCAGAUUUGCAGGCGGCACAAGGACUGUGAGGGCUUCUAUCGAGCAACUGUUAUGACACCUGGAGCAAGAGAACGAUGCAGAAUGUGGCCUUGCCUUCCCCGUUACUACAUGUUAGAAAACCGACCACGAAAUAUCUAUGGAAUGGUUUGCUACUCGUGUUUACUGGCACCUCCAAACACCAAAGAAUGUUCAGGUAUUACCUCUGGUGUAUCAGUCAGUUUCUCAAGUACUUCUGGAACAAGUACCCAUUCUCCUUUCCCGCAUGUGCAUAAAGAUCUUGCUGGACAAGGCCAUCUUGCUACAGCUCUCAUAAUUGCUAUGUCAACUAUUUUCAUCAUGGCUAUAGCUAUUGUCCUGAUCAUCAUGUUCUACAUUGUCAAAACGAAAACGUCAGCUCAAGCGUGCUGCACCAGCCAUCCAGUGAAGACUGUAGAAGCCCCAGCCAAUAUGCAGGAAGAAAAGAAAGAAGUACAAGAAAAUGUGGUUAUUUUCUCAGAGAAAGAUGAGUUUGGAAAAUUGACAGCAACUCCUGCAAAGGUUGUCAAGAGUGAAAAUGAUGCUUCCUCAGAGAAUGAGAGACUUUUAAGUCGGAGUAUGGACAGUGAUGAAGAAGCUGCUAUUGACAAACAAGGAACACCAGACCUGUGUUUGUUGUCCCUAGUCCAUUUGGCUCGAGACAAAUCUUCUACAAACAACAAAUGGACUGGGAUACAAAGCCGGAGGAAAAAGAUUCUUGAUCUGUAUGCUAAUGUAUGCGGAGUUGCAGAAGGCCUCAGUCCCACAGAGUUGCCAUUUGAUUGUCUGGAGAAGACCAGCAGGAUGCUCAGCUCUACAUACAACACAGAGAAAGCCAUCGUGAAGACUUGGCGUCACCUUGCUGAGAGCUUUGGACUGAAGCGUGACGAAAUUGGGGGCAUGACAGAUGGCAUGCAGCUCUUUGAUCGUAUCAGCACAGCAGGCUACAGUAUCCCAGAACUGUUAACAAAACUAGUGCAGAUUGAACGAUUAGAUGCCGUGGAAUCUCUCUGUGCGGAUAUUUUGGAAUGGGCACAAGUAAUGCCCCAACCUGAUCCAGUGGUGGCCUCAUGACAUGUUUUUCUAUGACAUUCAUUUCCAAAGAAUUUAUAUGGAUUGCAAGAGCAAUGGCACCCAGAAUGGGGCAGUAUCUUGAAAGUACUGAUGGCCUUCAAACGUCAGUAGCAUUUACAAUGGUUCCAAGAGUUAAAUGAUAAA